UGGCACCCAGUGUGCCUGCUUCCCUGGGAAAUGCCCCUGCACCUGUGCCAGUGUGUGCCAUCCCUGGCACCCAGUGUGCCUGCUUCCCUGGAAAUGCCUCUGCACCUGUGCCAGUGUGUGCAUCCCUGGCACCCAGUGUGCCUGCUUCCCUGGAAAUGCCCCAGCACCUGUGCCAGUGUGUGCCAUCCCUGGCACCCAGUGUGCCUGCUUCCCUGGGAAAUGCCCCAGCACCUGUGCCAGUGUGUGCCAUCCCUGGCACCCAGUGUGCCUGCUUCCCUGGGAAAUGCCUCUGCACCUGUGCCAGUGUGUGCCAUCCCUGGCACCCAGUGUGCCUGCUUCCCUGGAAAUGCCUCUGCACCUGUGCCAGUGUGUGCCAUCCCUGGCACCCAGUGUGCCUGCUUCCCUGGAAAUGCCUCUGCACCUGUGCCAGUGUGUGCCAUCCCUGGCACCCAGUGUGCCUGCUUCCCUGGAAAUGCCCCAGCACCUGUGCCAGUGUGUGCAGUCCCUGGCACCCAGUGUGCCUGCUUCCCUGGAAAUGCCUCUGCACCUGUGCCAGUGUGUGCAGUCCCUGGCACCCAGUGUGCCUGCUUCCCUGGAAAUGCCCCUGCACCUGUGCCAGUGUGUGCAGUCCCUGGCACCCAGUGUGCCUGCUUCCCUGGAAAUGCCCCUGCACCUGUGCCAGUGUGUGCAGUCCCUGGCACCCAGUGUGCCUGCUUCCCUGGAAAUGCCCCUGCACCUGUGCCAGUGUGUGCAGUCCCUGGCACCCAGUGUGCCUGCUUCCCUGGAAAUGCCUCUGCAUCUGAGCUAGUGGCUAGGAAGAGCUGGCCUGGCUCCAGCCCAGUGGCACAGCACAGCUUGCUGUCACAUGGCUGCUCUCCUUUCCCACUUGGCCCCGAGCAGACCCACUCCCUAAAGCCUGGGAAGAGCCAGGCCUUUGGUCUUCUGCCUGAUUUCUGCCUGGGAGUUAAUGCCAAACUAUGCAAGGCAGACCAGUGAUAAAACAGGAGGAGGUGUGAGUAUUCCCACACUGCAUUAAGAAGGUAAAUAUUAUCUCCCUGUUUCAGAAGGACAAGAUUCAUAUAUUUGUCCCAGACAAUAAUAAAGUGCAAGUUUGCUUACUCUAAACUCUAUUCAACAUCCUGUUAGACAGGGACCUCCAAAUUUAGCUUGGUUUGGGACUGGUGUUUGUGGCAUUUGAAUCAGGAGAUCCAGGUGCUAGAUCUGUACUAGGCAGUGUGCAUGGUAAGAUGAGGAACUCAUUUCUCUGGACAGUAUUUUUAGAUAAGCAUGUAGUUCCUGUUUGCCAACAGCAGAAACAUGAUUCAAGAUCCCUUAUGUUCAACAGAAUUAUAUGGUCUUAAAGUCUAUUAAUUUUCUCUCUAAAGUUUCUUGUACCUCUUCCAAACUAAUACUGGAAAUCACAGUAUUUCAUUUUUCAGUUGUUAGAAUGUACAUUUUAUAACUAUGCUACUGUGCUAUUU